UUGAACUUGAAACAUUUCAUAAAGCUGCAUGAUAGAUACUUUUUUGGGACGUAUUGCCAUUAUUUGUAAACUGACUACUAGGGUUCCGUGUUACAUUACUGUUGCUGCUUGUGAUACUAUUAUUAGUUAAAGUCUUUCACCAUUAAUAUCUCUCAUCUCAGUCAAGGAAAUCUUCACAUACCUUGGAAAUUCGUAAAUCCUUUCUAAUCAACUCCUUCAAAUAAAAUUCGAAGUUGAUGUUUUUGGGGGAUAUGUAACAUCUCCAAACUACACAUUUAAUUAGGGGUUGGUUCUGUAUUGAUGGGACUGUUCUCUUUGAUUAUGCUGUGAAAUACCUCUUUUACCGUUGAAUAUUUCUCGGAUGAAAUCUACCGUAGCGUAAGGAUUGAGCAAUGGAAAUAACGAAGUCGUUGCAAAAGUUAUUGCUGAAUACGCAAGGCGUGCAGCAUAUCUUUGUCACUGAUAAGGAGGGUAUACCGAUUAUUGGUGUAAAUGAGUCAGGCGAAGAAGACCUGCGGAAUCGAAUGCAGCUUAUCAACAGUAAUCAGAUAACGGUGGAACAGAUACCCAAGUUGAAUCUUGGCGAACAAAAAUCGGCAAUUUUUUGUUAUGAAUCAACAGCUCUGGUAAUACUCCAAAUCAGCUCACUUUUUGUAAUUAUUAUUGCAAGUUCUGAAGCUUCCAUAGGUACACUACGAAACCUCAGGCAUCAACUAGAACCGAUUAUUACCGAAAUUGUAAGUGCGGCUGGCUUACACUGAUUACAAUAUAUUUAUUUUUUAAUAGAAUGUAUUUGUAAUCUGUUUUUCUAAUACUCUGUUUUAAAUUCAGAAUGAGUUACAAUUAUAUCAUGUUGAGAUUAAAAUCUCAUUGUCUGUCAUUAUUGGUCUGACAUUCAUUUGUUUUUCCGACGACUAGAAUUUGACACAUAUUGUUGAUGUGCAUGCUUGUUGCUCCAAUGCAGUAACUGUUUUGAUUGGCAGAUCCACAUUUUCUCAAGUACUGCAUUUGAUACAUACAAGAACUACUCUCAGCCAGGUGUGCAAAUUCUCAGAGAUACAAUUUUUUAAAGAAAUGUUUAUAGGAGUUUAUCAGAACGAUUUGUUGCAAACGAUAUAUGUUCUUAUUUGAUUAUAGAAAUCAAAUUCCUCAUGAAUUCUACAGGGAUUUCAAAGUGUAUUUGACCUAAUUUUUUUCUGGUCAAAUUAAGUUUUUAAAUGUUCUUAGGUCUUUGAACUUUUAAAUUAUAUAAGUCCCGAAAAGUUGUCAACUCUGAGUCGAAUCUAGAAUCAAAUGAUUGGAUGAAUGCAUAAAUAUAGUAUCAUGAGUAAUCAGAAAUUCAAUAUAACAAGCGCCUGACUUCUUAUGUUUU